AUGCUUGGAUCUUUCGUGUCGUGUCGCCUUGUGCACGCCCAGGGACCCACACUCCAGCUGGCCCAGAUGGAAGCCGUCUGGGUGACGCUGUCUUCAGAUUUAACAGCCACUGGCCCUGUGGCAGCGGGGGAGAAGGUGCCCCUCUCUCAGGAAGAGAUCUUGUUGAGGGGUCACUCAUUUGAAGCCAGAAUUUACGCUGAAGACCCCAAUAACAACUUCAUGCCAGGAGCAGGGCCGCUGCUCCACCUGUCCACCCCGCAGGGAGAUCAGUGCACACGGAUAGAGACGGGGGUUCGAGAAGGUGAUGAGGUGUCGGCCCACUAUGACCCCAUGAUAGCUAAGCUGGUGGUUUGGGGAGAAGAUCGCUCCGCUGCUCUGAAGAAACUCAGAUACUGCUUACGCCAGUACAACAUUGUGGGUCUAAACACCAAUAUCGAGUUCCUGCUGAGUCUAUCAGGACAUCCAGCGUUUGAAGCAGGAAACGUUCACACCAGUUUCAUUGAGCAGCACUAUGAUGAGCUCUUCCCAGCAGCACAGAAAGCUUCUGGAGAGAUGCUAUGUCAGGCUGCCCUGGGUUUACUGCUCCGAGAAAAACAACACACUGACAGCUACAGAAACCAAUCCAAUGACACUUACUCUCCAUUCGCCUCCAGUAACGGGAGACGACUGAACGUCCUGCACUGCAGGAACCUGACCCUGCAGCUAGGGGACAACAACGCACUGAGGGUUUCCACAUUAACCUCACGGCAAGUAGCUCUUAGGACUCAUGAAAAGCCUCUCCAGAUGACCGGCAGCCUCCACACAAACACACAAAGACGACCCCAAAACAUCUCUCAGACGCUUGUUUCCUUUGGCCUGCACUCGGAAUUCGCAGGAAGCUUUGGGAAACACCUGGUGGAUGGAAGUGGAGGGGGAGAUCCUAACUCGGCUCUGGGUCGUUCUCGUGCCAGAACCCUACAGCCCUACUCAUUCCACUCCAUUAGAGACAUUCAGAUGUCUGAAAGCCCAGCGGAGUCCAGGGCCAAACUGCCAUCAGUGGCCCGGGCACAGAAUGAACCCGGCGGGGCCAGGAAGUCACGUCUCGAACUGGACGGCGGUCUGGAUUCACUGCGGCAAGAGAAAUGA